CUCCUCCCUCCAUUCCUCCCAGUCUACAGGCUCGUCAAGCGGAGAAAUAAACAGAAGCGAGCGCAGAGAAGAGAAGACAUUCCUCCCUCCCCUCCCCCUCACUAUCUGUCCAUCUUCAUCCAGCCCUUUCUUUCAUGGAGAGGAAUUAUCCCGCUGCAGGCUUCGGAGAUCUCGGGUCUGGGACGGGAUGGAGUUACGACAGAUCGGCCAAAGCAAGCCUCGUGUAUGGGAGCUCCAGGUCGUCUCACCCAGACUCAGAGCUGCUACACCGGCAAGGCUAUGGCACCCCUCACCCCCUCCAGGGCUAUGCAACCAACCACCACCCAGGAAGCUCCAGACAGGGCGGGGCCUGGGGUGCUGCCGGACGCACACUUGGCCUGUCAGGGCUGUUUGAUGCCGGCCUCCACCAUGCCAGCCCCUCGGGUCCUGAUCCAUCCGUCAUGAAUCUGAUAUCAGCCCUGGAGUCCCGGGGUCCACAGCCCCCACCCUCUGCCUCCUCCCUUCUCUCUCAGUUUCGCACUCCCUCUUGGCAGACUGCAAUGCAUACACCAGCCCCAGCGGAGCUCUUUAUUUCAGGGGCACUUCCGGGUUCCAGCUCCUUCCCUUCCUCCUCAGCCCUUUCUGCAUACCAGCAUCCUGGCUCCUUCUCUGGACGAUCUUUCACUCCCUCACUAUCCCUGCAGGACACGCCUACAUUUAGCCCAACUUCCAACGGUUUGCUGUCCCCCCAUGAUCCCCUGCUGCACAUCAAAACACCCUCCCAGUCCAGCUUGGGAUUUGAUCGCUUGCUGUCUUCCCAGAGUACCACCUACCGGGGCUCUCAGGAGCUCCCAGCCCCUCCUCAAACCCAAGCCCCUCCGACCUCCUCUAGUUGCCACCUGCCCCCUCCCCAGUUCAACCUUUUGUCCUCCCAACUUCACAAUCAGUCCUCUCAGCUUUAUAAUGCCUCCAUGUUCUCUUCCACGCCAGCCCUGUUGCCCACGGCCCCCCCCCAGUCCCAGCCUCCUCAGGAGAGGGCGGUUCCCCGGCAGGACAGUGUGAUCAAGCAUUACCAACGCUCAUCCCCAGCCCAGUCCGCAACACUCCCCCUACAGCAAUAUGCCAGCUGUGGUGGGUCAUCGGGCUACCAGCAAAUAGCAAGUCACCACCGGCAUGCUGGACUGUCCUGCAGUCCCCUAGGGGAGCAGAGCCCAUCCUCAGACCCCAAGCCAUCACCACGGACAGAAUCACAGAUAUAUCGACCUAUCAUUCAAACUCCCUACACUUCUUCUUCCUCCAGCUCCUCUGCCUCCUCCUCAUCUGGCACUAAGGGAGCCAAAAGUUCUAGCUCCAGCAGUGGCUACUCCUCUUCAGGCUCAGCAUCAUCCUCUUCCCGUACCCCUCACACUCCACCAUCAGCCUCCUCCACUUCCUCAUCAUCCUCCUCUAGCUCCAAGACUAGUACUGGCUCCUUGUCUGCCCCCUCUCGUCAGCAGCCCCCGCCUCAGUCAGCACCGGCACCACCUCCUCUACCAGUGGUGUCAUCCACACCUGUUCAACAGCCAGCACCCAAGCAAUGCCUCUCCACCUAUGGCUCUCCAUCUGUGGCUAAAUCCAGCACAGGCCUACAAGGCCAGACCCCUCCCCAGCAACAUGCCCAGUCCUACUCUCCCAACCAGCCUCCACCUACACACAUGUCCCAGUCUUAUGGAGGCUUCAACUCACCUCAUUCCCAGGACUUGAGCUCUGGAGCAGGGGGCUCUGGAGGUAAGGCCUUUACUGGUUUAGGCACUGGAGGACGCUCGUUCUCUGCAGAGAUAGUCUUUGGGGACUCAAGCUUUGGCUCAGCUACUCUUAGAAGAACAGACAGUCCUUCCUUAGGGUAUGGGAGCGCUGGAGGAUCAACAGGAAGUGGACCUGCAGGAUCAGGAAGUGGUGCUGCUAGUGUUAGUAAUGCUGGCAGCAGCUCUUACCACUUGAAUGAGUCUAGUCCCUCACCCUCCAUCAAUUCUGCUAUCAGCCGCCCUGGGUUGCACUCUCCCGCUUCUGCUCGCCCUGCACAGUCUCCUGGAGGCUCAGGAGCCAGCAAAUACUUGUCCUCCAUCCUCUCCCCUCCAUUUAUGUCCUCACCACAAGGUUUCCCUGAUACACGGCAAGGGCAGAGUCAGUCCUACCACUCAACACCACCCAAACCAAAAACAGAGACCAACAUGCUAGGAGUUGAGCGCUCCCAAGAUGAGGAAGAGGAUGAUGAUGAUUUCCUCAUCCACCACUUACUACAGGCCCAGAGCUCAACUCCCCAUCCUUCCCAGCAUCAUCCACCUCCUCAGCAACUACCGCAGCCAAUCCCACAGGCUAGGGAUGGUGAAGGCAAGGGGGUGACCUAUGACAUUGACAAGAUAUCAGAAGAGCGCUACCACCUUCAGAGUGUCAUUCGUACCAAUAACACCACCAGCAGUUCAGGUCCUGGGACGACAAUUGGUGAUGCAACCAGUGGGUUGAAUAGUCAUUUAGAAAUAUCACAGAAGAAACAGCAGCAGACCAAGUCAGAGUUGACCAUAUCAAAGUCCACUGCUGGAGGAGUAGGAGGGGUCACUGACUCUCUUUCCCACUCCCAUACUACCCACUCUCAUCAACAGCAACAUGACUCCCUGGGCUCUGUGGUACAUUAUGGAAGAGGGGACCCCUACACACAGCACCCACACUCCCAACAUUCUCAUCACAUCUCACAUGUAUCCUCACAUGCUCAACAACACUCUCAGCACUCCCAGCACUCCCAACUCUCCCAGCACUCUCGGCACACACAGCACUCACAACAUUCUCAGCAUAACCAUCCCCAUUCCCACUCACACAGCCACCCUCACAUGGAGCUGAAGAAGCCUUCAGAUGGAACAGACAAUGCCUACUUGUGUAACACACCAGAUGUGCAGCAGGCUCGACAAAGCCAGGUCCCCCUCUCUCUGAUGGAUUCACCACCAGACCCUCCCCAGCAAACUCACAUGCUGCAGUCUGUCCUUUCCCAUACCACCCGGACUAAAAUGGACCCCCAACAAGCCUCGCAACAGCAGCAGCAGCAGCAUCCUUUGAGCCAGCAGGCCAUCAUGGGUUCAGCUGGAGGAUCAGGGCCUGCUGGGGUGGAAUCCCACCCACAGAACCAGUCUUCACAGUUGCAACUCCAGCUCCAGACUCAGAGUAUGGAUACCCACUACAGCCUUGGAGGGCAGCCAAGAGAUCAAACCCAAGCCAGUCAGAAUUCAGUGUCUCCCCUAGACAUGCUAGACCAAUCAAUUUCCCAGACGAAUAGCAGAGACAGUGGAGGAGCUCUGGAUAGAACUGCAGUCGGGAUUGGUGUGGCUGUUACAGGAGAUGGAGGUGUUGGAGACAGACAUAGACAGCAGCACAGACUUACACCCCACCACCAUCCCCAACAAACAGCCUCAGAUCUCCAUGACUUCCUCUCUGAACCAGAUUUGGGCUUGUCCACCUCCUCACACUUGCACCACCUCAACCAGGCUCAGGCCCAUGCCCACCACCAACAGCAAGCACACACUCACCAUCAGCUGUCACACUCUCAGUUAGCUCACCCACACUCCCACCGCAUGGCAGCAAAUAUGGGAACUCCCCAACAACAGCCACCGCCCCAACCAAGAGAGCCUGAAAAUCAGCUGUCACACUCCCAGUUAGAGCAGCUCAAACAGCACCAGUUUGACACAGUGAGCCCACCAGGUAAAGCAGGACAGACUCAAAAUCAGCAACAGGAGCAGCAGCAGCGGUUUGCCUCUCUAACAUCUAUCUGCUUUCCAGACUCUCUCUUAAAUGAUGAAGACCGCUCUUUCUUUCCUGGGAUGGAGGACAUGUUUUGUUCAGCUGAUUACAAGUCAAGCUGUGCUGGAGAUUCUGGGGCAGGACAGGCUGGUCAAGAAAGUAUUGCCCAGGGUCCUGGGCAAGUGCAGGAGGGCAUGGAGGCCUUAAAAACAGGAGGCGCUGGAGAGCGCUAUGAUAUGGUCAGUCAUCACAGUGAUCAAGGGUAUGGACAAUAUUGCCACAGCCUUCCAGGUACAGGAAAUGGCAAUCUGCACUUAGACCUUGACUCUAUGAAGACCCAUGAGCUUCCCUCCACUGUGAAUACUGACCAGCUUGGCCUUAUCCAGUCCCAAACUCCCACUAUGGGAUUGGGUUCAGCAGUUCAAGGGGAUGGUUCAAUCAACAAGAUGAUGGGAGCUGUGGGAGUGGGUGGAAGUUCAAACGCUACUGGUCUGACAUCACCUAUCUUCUGUUCCUCUCGACCCAAGAAACUGCUGAAGACCAGCUCAUUUCACUUACUUAAACAGCGGCGUGAGCCACAACCUCAAAUAAAGAAAAACUAUGCGCAGGAGUAUGAAUUUGAGGAUGAUGAGGAUAAAGCUGAUGUUCCAGCUGACAUUCGCCUCAACAGUCGACGCCUUCCUGACUUGCUCCCUGACUUGGUGUCUAGUUGUAGGAAGGCUGGGGGGGCAUCAGGAGUAAGUGGGCUUAGUCCACUGAUGGGUGAUAUGGACUUCUGCCACCCCUCCAGCUUCUCUUCCCUUGGACACCCUCAACAACUCAUCCCCCAUGAUGGCCCUAAGAAAAGAGGCAGGAAACCAACUAAACCAAAACGUGAAGGCCCUCCUCGCCCACGAGGUAGACCACGUAUACGUCCUCUUCCAGAGCCUCCUUACUGCAGGGGGCUGAUGGGAUCAGUGCCUGGAGAAAGUAAGAGGGGUCGUGGGAGGGGUCGAGGCCGAGGCAGGAGGGAGGAAGGGCUCGUGGAAAUGCAUCGUGAUAUGAACAAAGCACAAAGUGUCCCAUAUCAGCAGCAGCAUCCACAGCAACACUUCAGCCAGCAGCAGCAUCUCCAACAUCAUCCACAUCAACAUCACAGACAACAGCCAGACCACCACCAAGCACCACAACAACAACAGCAUCACCUGCAUCAUCAGCAGCAGCAUGUGCCCUGUUCUCAUCACCAACCGCAUCACCAACAGCAACAACAUCAUCAUCAACAACAUCAACAGCAACCGUCCCAGCAGCCGCAACAAGAUCCAAUCAGACCUAUCAAGAUCAAACUGCCUGCCAUGCCUCCAUCAGAAUCCUUGUUGAGGACAGACUCACUGUCCAGCACUGAGCCGGUUCUGUCUGAUGGAUCGGUGGGGUCUGCACCAUCUCUGGGCCCAAGUCCUGGACCCAGCACCACCAUGGACAUCAGCAGAAAUGAGCUGAACCAGACGCAAGACAAGAUGAUAAAGCAGCAGCAGAAAGCUGGAGAGAUGACGUGGAAGAAGGAAAUUGACGAUCCACUGAAUCCUGAAGCCUGGGCUGCUAUGCAGAAACUCUCCAGUUCAGCUGAUGAGAAGGCUUUUGACUUCAAACCUGGCUUCAUGGCCUCUUUUUUGGACUUUCUGAAGACAGGAAAGAAACAGUCAGGACUUGAACCAGGACAUGAUGGAGGUGAGCAAGAAGCCCUGAACCCCUGCUCCCCUCUGAAGGGAGGGAUCAGACCCCUAUCCCCACCUCCUCCCCUGCCAUCAACUCCACCACAGCAGCCUCCAGGGACAUUCAGUGAGGAAGGGGAGGGUGAGGGGGCCGACCUGGCUCUCAGCAGCUGCCCAAGUCCCUGCAAGCCUCUGGAUGAGGAGCUGAAAAGGAACCUGGAGACGCUGCCCUCCUUCUCCUCUGAUGAGGAAGACUCGGUCAGUAAAAACCAGGACCUGCAGAAGAGCAUCUCAUCUGCCAUCUCUGCCCUCUACGACACUCCACACUCUCUGGCUGCUGCCAUGGCCUCCGCCAUGGUCAAGGCCCCAUCCACUCUGUCCCCACCUACCCCACAGGAGCCACCGCUCAGCCCCCCUCUUCCUGCCAUGCCUCCACUCAUCCCUUCUACCAGUAUGGAGCCCGGAAAAGAGGAGGCUCUCACAUACACUCAGCAUCACACACAGGAUGAGGAAGAACAGAUUAGAGAAGAAACAGAGGAGAGAGAGGCUGAGCAAAGAGGAGAACAUGAAGAGGAAGAGGAGGGAGGAGAGGAGACUGCAGACAAUGAAGAAAUGAUGAGAGAUGCGCAGAAUCUGCAGCACGGGGCUCUGGAAGAGCAGGAGGAGGUGGAAGAGGAAGAGGAGGAGGAGAGGAUGUCUGAAAUGCAGAUGUCAGAGGUUCUGAAGGUUGAAGAUUCUCCAUCAGGACCUGUGCUUGCUCCUGCACCUCCAUCCCCAUCACCGUCCAUCUCCCCCUCACCACCCACCUACUCUUCACCCUCACCCCUCCCUCCCCUGUGUCUCUCUGAACCCUCCCCUCUGCCGAUGCAGCAGGAUGAGGAAGAGGUGAAUCCAACUUAUCCUCCUCCUGAGCAGCAGCAGGCUUCCUACCAACUGGCUCCAACUGCAGGUACCUCUCCACCCCCCUCCACCUCCCCUCCGGCCAUUCCCUCCUCACCCCUCUCCAACCUUCCCCUGGGCCAGUCCAUACCCCCUCCGUCCACCACACCGCCUCCAUCAUCCUCUGAUCAGGACCAGGAACCUGAAGCUGGGCAGCCGUCCCCCUCCUCAUCCUCUUCUUCCUCACCCUCUUCAUCAUCGUCUCCACCGCCAUCCCCUCCAACCCCAGAGGAAGCCCCAGCACCCCAGCGUCUUACCUCCCUCCACCUGGCAAAGAAGCAGGCUGACGCCGCCAUCGCUGGGGAGAGUGAAGAGGAGGACAGUGAGAGUGGAGGCGAGGGAAUCUUCCGUGAGCGGGAUGAGUUUGUGGUUCGAACUGAGGACAUCGGGACUCUGAAGAUGGCCUUGCAGACAGGCCGGGAGCCCCCACCAAUCUGGAGGGUGCAGAAAGCUUUGCUCCAGAAAUUCAGCCCAGAGAUCAAAGAUGGUCAAAGGCAGUUCUGUGCAACCAGUAAUUAUCUGGGUUACUUUGGUGAUGCAAAAAUGCGUUACCAGCGUUUGUACGUGAAGUUCUUGGAGAAUGUCAACAAGAAAGAUUAUGUCAGAGUGUGUUCCAGAAAGCCGUGGCAUAGAGCUGGUCUGACUCUGAGGCGGCAGUCACUACCUAAACAGCUGCCCACCAUUCACAAUCAAACCCCACCUCGAGGGGAGAGAGACGACAGAGACAAGGAGAGACAGAAAGAGAGAGAGCUGAAGGAGCAGAGAGAGAGAGAAAAAGAACAAAGGGAUAGGGAACACAGGGAGAAAGACAGAGAGCGGAAGGAGAGAGAAAAACAGGAGAGAGCACGGAAAGAAAAGGAAAAAAAGGAGAGGGAACAAAGUGAAAGGGAGAGGCAGGAGAGAGAACAAAAAGAGAAUGAGAAACAAGAGAGGGAGAGACGAGAAAAAGAGAGAGAAAAGAGAGAAAAGGAGAGGAGAGAAAAGGAGAAACAGGAGUUUAGGGAGAAGGAGAGAGAGCAGAAGGAGAGGGAACAAGAGAAAGAGAGGGAACAUAAGGAAAAGGAGGGGAUAGAAAGGGAGAAAGAGAAGGAGAAACAAAGGGAGCAGGAGAAAGAGAAAAGAGAAAGAGAGGAGCGAGAAAGGAGAGUUGGCACAGUGGAGUGUGUGAGGUUGAAGGAGGAGAAGAGAGGAGGAGAGAAGAUGCAGCGUCAGUCCAAAGCCAAGACCUCACAGGACAAGGCAGAGCCUCCUCCUAAGAAAAGGAAGAAGUGGCUGAAGGAGGUGCCAUCCUCCUCCUCUGAGUCUGACUCCUCUCCACCCAGUGAUGACGAAGGACCUGUGCGGGGUGGAGUUAACAGCAGAGCCAUGAGGGAGAUGUUCAGGAGCUACGUGGAGAUGCUGGUCAGUACGGCACUUGACCCUGAUAUGAUCCAAGCACUGGAGGACACUGACGAUGAGUUGUACCUCCCACCCAUGAGGAAGAUUGAUAGCCUGCUCAGUGAACAGAAGAAGAGGUUGUUGAGGAGGGUCAACAUGAGUGCUCAGCACCAGGAGGCUUUACACAUCUUCCCCAAGAUGACAGCAGACCCACUGGAAACUGGAGCUGUCAAAGUUCACCUUGGUGGGGAGGGUUACAACCGCAAAACUCUGAACCGCGUCAAGAGGAGUAUUCCUAAGCAACAGGAUCUGAAGCUCUCAAUUGAAACUUGCCGGAUCUACAGUCUGUAUCAUUCCCUUCACCACUACAAGUAUCACACCUUCCUGCAUUGCAAGAAGGAGACGGACAGUAUCGAGCAGGCAGCGGAGGACCCCGGCCAGGAGGAGGUGGUGCAGCAGUGCAUGGCUAACCAAGGCUGGCUGGAGAGCCUCUUUAACUCCUUCAUGGAGCUGCUUAGCCUCAGUGCCAAGGCUUGAAGCCCCAGCCACUAAACUCACAUAUCCACCUGAAGUAUUACAUAGACGGAGGCUUUCUGAGUUUGUGAAACAAAAAAAUCCCACUACAGAAACAGGAACAGGUGCUAGUAGUGCCGCGGUUCCAGUGAGAUACAGUGGUUUGUUUGUGGGAGGUUUCAUUUUUAAAGUAUUUGUUUAUUAUUGAGUCCAUCUUAAAGUACCUCUUGAUUUCAAAAAAACAUUGGAAGCUGGAGAGUAGUGAACUUUGUGAAUGUGAAGGGUUUUCCUCAAAAGUCAAAGACAAGGACCAUGAGAUCAUUUGGUCAGCACUACAAGAUUUUUGUGAAGACCUACAAUAUAUUCACACACACACACACACACACACACACACACACACACACACACACACACACACACACACACACACACACACACACACACACACAUGCACGCACGCACACACACACUGUCUAAGUAAUGUAUUGAUAACUAUAUGGUUUGUAUAAUUUAUACAAGGACAUUUUUAAAAAUGACCGUCAUAAGAUGGGAUUGUUGGCUGUUAUUAUUUUUUGAAAUAUGUUUUAAAGGGGUAUACAUAAAAAUGGCCCACCUGCAAUUUUUUGCUUCUCUCAUACCAACAGUGGUAAAUCUAGAGUUGAGUGAAACAGAAAUAUGGUUUAAAAGGACUAUGUGAUAGUCUCUUGGUUCUACCGGCCUCAGUGUGAAAGCGGUUGAGAUUCAGGGGUAAUGUAUUUAAAAUAAGCUGUGUUCUUUCUGUUUGUUCUUCAAAAGACAAUGAGAGAGAGGAUUUAAUGCCUGUAAAGACAAAGAACAAAAAAAAAUAAAGCACGACUUUCUUAAAGGAAGUGUGACAUGAAAUGAUUCAAAAGCAUAAAUGUCUGUGUUUAAUGUUAGUCAUUUUUAUCUGUUUGUUGUUGAUUGAUAUUUCCCAUGAUUUGACCUCUCUGAGGAUAUUCUUGCAGAGCAAUUUUGUUGUUUUGAUGUGUAAAUAUUGUACAGCUACUUCAUUCUGUAGUUCCCAGUUCCUCUUCUGUACAUGAAAUUCCUGUAUUUGACAAAACUAAAUAAAACGAAUGGCAAACGUGAUGAUGAAUAAA